CGUACUCGGUCGUGAGCCGCCACCAUGCGAGUGGAAAAGUGUUACUUCUGUUCCGCGCCCAUUUACCCAGGGCACGGGAUGAUGUUCGUGAGGAACGACAGUAAGGUUUUUAGGUUCUGCAGGUCAAAAUGCCACAAGAAUUUCAAGAAGAAGCGCAACCCUAGAAAGAUCAGGUGGACCAAAGCAUUCAGAAAAUCGGCUGGUAAAGAGUUGACCGUGGAUAAUUCAUUUGAAUUUGAAAAAAGAAGAAAUGAACCUGUCAAAUAUCAGAGAGAAUUGUGGAGCAAGUCAGUUGAGGCAAUGAAGAGAGUUGAAGAAAUCAAGCAGAAGAGACAGGCUCGGUUUAUCAUGAAUAGACUGAAAAAGGGCAAAGAGUUGCAAAAAGCACAGGAUAUCAAAGAAGUCAAACAGAACAUUCAUCUUAUUCGGGCUCCUCAUGCUGGAAAGGCAAAACAGCUGGAAGACAAAAUGGUUCAGAAAUUACAAGAGGAUGUGGACAUGGAAGAUCCUUCCUAGGCAUGUGCAUCGCCAUCUGUUGGCCAUCUUUGCUUUCAUACCAUCACCUUAUGUGUUGUAGAAACAAUAUUUUGUUUGCACUUUGGACUGUAACUUUUUUUCACCAGUUGUCUGGAACAUUGUUCAGAGAAACCGUGAACACACAAACAGCCAAAUAAUUGUAUGCACCAGCUGGCUGAUAAAAACUUUUAUUUACUGGAUUUGUUCUACCAGUAACCCUUGAUAAGCGCUCUUAUCAUGGAUCUCGCAUUUCGUGAAAUGUUUUUAAAGGGCUAGUUUUCCAUUUCAUUGACUUUUAGUAUGUUAUAGAAUGGAAGAUUCUAAGCAAUUUUUCAAUUGGCCUUCAUUUCCUUUUUUUUCUUUUUUAAUUUUGAAUUAUUUGCCUUCUGUCUCUCUUCUGAUUUUAAAUGGGGGGCAGUGACCCCAUCUAAAAAAAAAUGUAUUGUUAUUGCUUUUUAUUAUUCAUCUAUUCAUAGAUGAGUAAUCAAAUCAAUACCUGGUUGCUAGGGUCAUUUGAACCCCAACAACCAGAAUUCUACAUCACUCUCUAACUUUUAACAUAAUACUAAAAGUUAAUUUAAAGGUGAAAACCCCUUUAAUUUUUUUUUAACAGGAUUUGUUCCUAAUAGUUGUACUGCCUGGAUUGAUCUAAAAUCAUGCAAUAUUAUGAUAAAGGUAUUAAUGCAGAGUACUGCUGCCAAGCUGAGCUCUGCAGGAAUAUCCCUGUAGAAAACGCCAAGCAGUUGAACACAUUCUGAUUAAUUGACAGGGAUUAGCUUGGGUAAAUUUGGUAGAAGAUUCUGGUCUAAAAAAAAUUAAAAACUGGAGAUCAAACUGUUCCAAAUUGUUUUUUGAUUUCCUGCUUUGUUCUCUUAUACAUCAGCUGUGUAAUAUGUUGGCGCUAUAAAAAUACAUGUUAAUAAAUAAAAAAUAGUGUAUAUUCA